GAUCCGAUUCCCAUUCAGGAUGCAUACUCGGCAUCGGCAACGUCAUUGAAGCUCUUGAGAUGGUUUCGACCACCAUUUCCUUGCAGCCUCUGUCAUCGGGCCCGCAAUUCAAUUGGUUUUUUUUGGUGGAACUGAUUGUCUGUGGCAUCCUUGUCCUUUUCUUCCUUUUCUAUUUCAAUCGAUUGUUUGCGACGUUAGUUUCCUACGGAAUUCGAGCAUACACAUGGCACUACCAUCGAGCUUACGUUGAUAUCCAAGCGCUUCAAAUUUCAUUACUUGGUGGAAGAAUCUUCUUCAAGGGAGUACGGUACCAUGGAGUGAAUGAGACAGUCUUGAUUCAGCGGGGGUAUUUGACGUGGAAUUACUGGAAGCGUACCGUAAGAAACAUCGACCUAGCUCGAAACAAGCUCUCUCCCAGAUCACAAAGCUCGUCGCGACUGGAUGGUGAUGGAAAUUCUACUUCAGCGGGCGAUAGUAAUCGCCAUGAUGGCGCAGAGGAAAACGGGGGCGUCAAGACAGCAGAUAGUCUUCCAUGCCGGUUGACCGCCACAGUUUUUGGGCUCGAAUGGUUUCUCUACAAUCGAACGCCGGCUUAUGAUGAUAUUCUCUCUGGUUUCACCACUAGCAUGGAUCAAAAGCAAAAUGCUGCCAAUGAAACACUCGGAACUACGGAAGCGAGAUCAAGUAGUCGGGAAGAUUCUGCAAAAGAUCUUUCCCUUCGCUUUGAACGGAUGUCGAGUGGAAAGUCGACCGCAAGCAGUACGCAAAGAGCUAGUCCGCAAACAAGUAGUGUCGAUGCAGGAUCUUCAUCCAUGAAGGAUACCGCAGCUUUGAAUGCCGAAGCACUAGAAUCAGCCUCCGGAUUUCUCAACUUGUUACCGAUUCAAGUCGAGUGUACAAAAGGGGCGAUCGUGGCAGGCAACGAAAACACACGCUCCCUGCUUACCAUUACCUUCGAAAAAGGGACCGGUGUUGUUGAUGCUGCUGAUGCUGGGCCACUUGAUAUCUACCGUCAAGUUUUUACCUUUGAUUUCGCACGCCCAAUCAUCCAGCUACGACGUAAUCCAGACUUUAGGCAAGAACAGCAUUCUGCUGCUCGCAAAUUGACAUCUUUACAUCCGGAAGAAUAUGAACAGAAACCAAAAAGGAGGUAUUUCAUUGAUUACCAGCGAAGAAAGCGCCAAGCCUGGCAUACUCUCCGAGAUUUGAUUCCAUAUUUCCAAAAAUCUGUAGAGUCCUUCCACGACAAAAGCACGAAUACCAUGUCAACCAGCCAGACUGACCUAAGCCACAAUAACCGGUGGCUUGGCCUUACUCGCUAUCAAGAUGAGACUACGGAUGAUCAUGAAGGGUGGAAUGCUGUUGAGUAUGGUAGAUACUCUACUAUCCUGGAUUGCCCCUCUCUCAAUUUGACGUACUAUUGGGAUAUUCCGGGGAAGGUUCCUACAGAAAACGAUAUGCCCUCUUCAUCCAUACAUAAGUUCUCUGGAGAUAUUAACGGAAGCAAUCCACCCGAGUGGGGCAUCGACAUCAAGAUUGAACGGGGUACUAUUAACUACGGUCCAUGGACUGAUCGUGAACGUGUGGGAUUACAAAAUGUUUUUUUUCCAAAUAACUUUCGAAGUGCCCAACCUGCUGAAUCUCUGAAACCUGGAAGUUUGAGACAAAGCACGAAACUCAAAAUUCGCGUGGAAACAAGUGACGAAACUACUCUGAGAAUUUCUACCCGGGAAGAAUCUAAGGACUGGCAGUGGAAAGGCCGUGCUAAUGCGAUACGCAGUGCAUCGAAGCUAAAAAAGCAAAAGCAGAAGAGACAGUGGAGAGGCAAGAAUGGGGAAACCGGCAAAAUUGCGCCGGAGACUCGCCCAUUUGGUUGGCUUACUCUCCGUAUUUCACAUGACUCAACCAUAACUUAUGAGAUGGACAUGGUCGCUUCAAAAACUGGAUAUUGUAACCAACUUAACCUGGAUCUCCGAGAAUGCAAGCUUUCUUCGAGUGUCAAUCACGGACUCCUCUGGCAAAGUCCACGACAGGUGAUUACCUGUGAUCUUUCUAACCCUCUAACCUGGAACAGCCUCCACACGUGGUCUUUUACUGUCGUCAGCCAUGACCUGCAGUUGUUCUUACUAAGAGACCACAUUAUUCUUUUAACUGACCUGGUCAGCGACUGGACUUCAAAUUCAUCAUCGGAAUUUUACACCUUUGUGCCCUAUGUGUAUAACAUGAAACUGUUCUUUACCAGCCUUAGCUUGUACCUGAACCUUAACGACUCUAACAUCAUCAACAAUCCUUCAGACCUCGAUGACAACACCUUCAUUGCUAUCAGAGCGUCACAACUAGCUUCCAACGUCAGCAUUCCAUCGGACACAUUCAGACCAGAACAAAGUUUGAUUUCGUUUAGUGUUGACCUAGAAGAUGGAAUUGUCGAUCUUUUAACUCCUUUGUGGCACACGCUCCAUACUUUUCUAAGAGAAAAUUCAUUGGGUACCUUAUCGAAGCUAAACAUAAAUGGGAGUUAUACUCUCAAUGCUGGAACGUCGCCGGCUCUGACUGAUUCCCUUACGAUGGACAUCACGGCGGAUUCUCCUAGAUGUUACUUGUACGGAUUCUUGAUCAAAUACUUCAUGAAAAUCAGGGAAAAUUACUUUGCCGAAAACAUGCAUUUUCGAACUUUAGAAGAGUUUCAGGAAUCCGCAAACUCUGUGGAGAAUCGGGGUGGGCAAGGCGAAGGUGCAAUCAAUCCGAACAGGAAGAGUAAUGAUCUGGAUGUGAUAAUCACCCUAUCAAUUGAAUGGCCUUGUGCACUAUUACCGACAAACAUUUAUGACCAUUCCAAGUGUCUUCGACUAACUGCUGCAUCUCUUGACCUUGACAUUCGUUUCACAAACUACUACAUGGAUCUACAGGCCAAUUUGACACCUACAGAGGUGGCUUUGGAGACUGCCGAAAGUAACGAUGCUUCUAUUAUUUCAAAUACUCAACUCUUCAUCGACGGUCUUUCCGUAUAUGGCCAUCGUAUAUUCGGAUUGCCUCCAACGGAGCCUACAUAUGUCUGCAAUUGGGAUUUCAACGUUGGUAAAAUUGUGGGAGAAUGCAAUACAGAAUUUAUCAAGUCCGCAGCUUCAGCAUUUCGAAACUUGGAUUUUACCUUUGACGAUGAGGAAAAUGCCCUCCCCCCAUUGCACCCAUCCGUUUUGCAUGAUGUCACCUUUUUACGCGCUAGAAUUGGUUCACUUCAUCUGACGCUUUUAGUGGACCAAGUUGCGGUGAGUUUGGGACUUGAUUGUAUUGAAAUUGACUUCAAUGACUGGUCCCGGCUUCAAUUUUCUAAGCGCCUGUCAUUAAGAAUACCAAAUAUCAAAUUUUAUGCCAUAGAUCGCAGAUCCGCAGCUCGCCGACAUAAAGGAUCACAUACCGUUACAACAUAUGCCCUAUUUGAGACAAGUCUAGAUUUGUCAAUGCUACAACGGAAGGCAAAUUUCCUUGAAGACCGUAAGCUUCAACAAGAUCACAUUCGAGUGCAUGACGAAAGGUCGCACCGAACUCCUUGGUUAUUACUGGGCGUGAGCGGAGAUGAUAUGCUUGAUUGGAAUAGUCCCAGCGUUAAUCCACCUGCUAUGAUAUUGCCUUCAAUGCCAGAACCCGUCGUGGGUGCGUUGGAUGCUAAUCAGUCGUUCGCUGUGCCACCCAGAGAUCACAAAGGCCUAACCCACCAAAGCUCAUUUUUAUCAUUUGAUAACUCGAGCUUUCGAGGUCGCAAGGAGAAUAAUGCCCAUGGAAAGGUUCUGGAUUCGAAAAAUAAAGUUUCAAGGAGUCAUUUUAAUGAGAAUUCACGAUCCCCACAGCUACCCAUUGACUACGCAGCAAGCAGGAAUUAUUAUGAUGACGACGUGAAUGACACUGAACGUGUCAUGAACGGGCCGUCAAGUUUCUGGGCCAUUCCACAUUUUCAUUAUCAUCAAGUGAGACCUGACUCCAGCAAUCUUCCCACUUUGCCAGAUGUGACUAGCAAGAAGGAAACUACUGUUGAAAAUGACGACUACAUAAUGGCUUCUAAUGACGACAAGACUGCACACACAGAUAUAUUCUGUACAUUAACGCCCGGACUACGAGGGUUUUGUACACCUGAAUUUUUUCAUUCGUUGUCCUUGUUGGUUGAUGGUCUUCAGUCCACUUCCCCGGUUGAUAUGAUUGAUUCUUUGCAAACCCAGGUUAUCUCUGACAUUGUAAAACACGAGAAGUCGAAGAAGAAUAAACCUAAAUCAGCAACGAGCAUUUCUAUUCGCAUUCCAUCAGCCGUUCUUAACCUUCUCAACCGACAAGGACCAUACGAAACAGCUUCACAACCUGAAUAUCAAGACGAAUACAGACUCUCAUGUCUACAUUUCCAAGCUACAUAUAAGACCGAAUCUGAAAGACGGGAGCAAGACCUGAUAAAAGACAGCCAAAUAAGUACGACGAUUCACUCGGCGUCAGAAAUGCUUUCAUUUACUGCUCUCGGGAGACAGUCAGACACUCUUCAUGACCAAGCCGAACUCACAUGUGUUUUAAGAGAAACAGUAUUUUGGUCGGUUAACAGCUCCAAAAUGCGAUCUCAUGUCCAAAUGCGUUCAUUCGAGACAUCAACAUCGUCCAAAUCGGUAGCACCACUCGCUCUUCUUGUUAAACGCACUACAACUUUGGCAGACUCCAUCGCAACCUCUUUCCAAGAAGUUCCGUCCACUGUUGAUCGCUUGCGUUAUGUGGUUUGGUCACUUACGGAUUCCGCUGCUGGCAUGCCGGAUCCAUUGUUCCUUACCCGUCCGGCUUAUGUUCUACGUGCAUCACAACAUCAUCUGCGACUUCAUGAUUCCUGGAAGAUCAUAUCUCGCUUGCGAAACAUCUACAAGAACUUGUCACCAGACCAACAGCGCGCUUUGAAGACUAGUUGUACAGAUCUAGGUCAUACGUCCCCCAAAAGUGCAAAAGAAACAGUCCUAGAAAAUUUUAACGAAUGGCGGCCUUGGGACCUCGCACAUGUCGAGAAAAGUCACGUAAUGAAAGCAAUUUGGGGUGAAUCCACGGCGUCUUCGGUCGCCCCAAACGUGCUUAUGGUACCUAUUGCAUUUUCGUGCAAUAUUAAAGGCUUGAGCUUUAUCAUUGACCCUGGUCCGAAGCAAAGCGACAUUAUGCUCAAUGAUAUUCUCAUUGCUUAUGCUUCUUCCUUAGCUGCUGCGUCUGACCAUGAGACUGGGACAGCGCCACCAAAGAAGACACAUACAAUCCGCUGUUACAGCUCAAACUCCGCAUUACGUUUACGCUGGGAAAUUCUCGAUCUUCUUGAAGAGAUUGCAGCAACAAUGUCUAAUAUCCAGCUUGCUUCAUCUCCAGCCACCCAACAUUCCGAGUUACAGAAUGAGUGCCUGACAGAACUGCACAUUUUUGUCGGUACAGACGAAGGGUCUAUCAGUCUAGACGGUAUCAAUUUGACACUGUAUCUAUCAGGAAAUAGCCUAAAAAGCUCUUUGGCUUUAAGUCCAAGCCAUAACAAGCAGGAAGAACAGAUAACCGCCAUUUUAAGUGCUGAAGAUUGUUCUACGAUAUUCUCGAGUCGUUCGAAGGUGUUGAUGCUCUGGGAAAUCUGGCAACCGCAUGUUUAUGGUUCUCAUAUAUCAAAGUCAAGCCCGGAGUACCUUAUCCAUGACUGGAAGCUGGCUUGCUCCUGCCGCAGUUUUACUUACAACAUGCAAGAGGACCCUCUGGGUCUGAUACAUGUUGCUGACAAGAUUGUAGAAGACGAGAUACGACAUGUUUCUACACUUAUUCAAUUGUUGAACAAGAACAAGACGAUCCGUUCGUCUUCAGAAGUGAUUGAGCAGCCCAAGGGAAUCUCAGAAACGCAUCAAUUCCAUGUUGCUCUUUUCUUGGAUGAUUACCAAAUCAAUUUCCGGCUUCUUCCUUCUUUGACAUAUAUAAUUGAUGGAAAAGUUGCUCGCAUGUCGGUCUUGUCAAACAAUGACAACGGGCUUGAGGUUGACUUUGAUGUUAAAAGUAACCAUCACAUUUUCAAGACGGUGGAAGAGAAGCACUCCCAAUCCGUAUCUGAAAUUGACAUCCCUCCAAUUAAUGGAAGGAUUUUGGGCAACAUGUUACCCAGUGCUGUUUCUCUCAAGGCAGAUGUCACGGUUGAGCUUAUUAGGCUGGAAGCUAGCUCCUUACGCAGCCUAUUGAGUGCUUUCACGCGUCCGGAAAUAAGUCAUUUCAUGUCAGAUUGUACUAAUAGUCUCAGUGAACUUCGUCUUCAUUUGAGCGAUAUCUUAGCCCAUGAACAGAAAACGCCAACGCCACAUUCCCCAGCCAGCUCUGUGAGCCGUGAGAUAUUAUACAACGUACGUCUUACGAUGGCAGGCUGGGAGAUCCAUGCUCGUGCUCCUGGAAUUAGGAGUAAUGACUACUGGGCAGAUAUGAAUUUUACUCUUGGUUCGACGCAGAUACAUUUGGAUACUUCAGAGCAAAGGCAUGACUCUAGCUUCCCUGACUUCCAUGUCAAUGUAUCUCAAGUUGGACUUGAGUUAAAGAGACGGGAAAGAUCCUAUAUUCAACAGUAUGGCAAGCUCGCUGUGGAUAUCGGUCUCCUCGCUACCUCGGGACUCAACGAGCGCAAUGAAGUGGUACGGACUUUCAAUCUUACAAGUAAAGGCUUGGACGUACAGCUUUAUGCGGAGACCACCUCUUUGGUCAUUGAUAUUGCAGUACACUUGCAAGAUCGUAUCAAGAAACUCGACUUAUCGGAGGAUAUGAAACGAUUCAGACACCUGGGACGCCUUGCGAGGCCACACGGCCGCGGAGCCCAAAGCCAAUUGCCUCGACUGAGUAUUACUGAUGUGGAUGACAGUCAAACACAGGAAGUUUUUGGUGCAACAUAUUUGGUAGAAUUCACUAAUAUCCAAAUUAGCUGGAUAAUGGACAACAAGCUCUGUCCGAAAUCAGGAUGUGAACCUGAAGAUUUGGUAUUUUCCAUUCGACGCGUUAGUUUCUCAACUUCAAGGGACAAUUCAGCAAAACUUCGUAUUCAGGAUACACAAUUGCAGAUGGCGCCAAAACUCGAAGACAAAAGGAAACGAUCGUUGAACUCGGCGUUGAUGCCUGAGAUUGUUUUCAAUGUUGCAUAUCUUUCAACGAAGAAUGACUUGCGACUUGCCUUUCAAGCAGCAGGCAAGUCUCUUGAUAUCCGUGGUACUACUGGAUUCAUACUUCCUGCCAGACUUCUACAAAGUUCAAUAGCUUCUGCAGCAGAGAGUGUACGUGAGGCAAAGGCGAUAUGGGCCACUUCUCCAUCGCAGACACAGACGACUGGAACUAGUGCCAAUACUUUAUUUGGAAAUAAAAAGCUGUCAUCUGUACUUGUUGACGUGGACUUUGCUGGAGCAAUUGUCACAUUGUUGGGCAGACAACUUGAUGAUCAACAGACUCUUUUAGCUGCCAGGGCGAGAGGUACUCGUCGUCCCGAAAGCAAAUAUGGCCAUUACACGCAAGGAGACUCCACAACAACAGCAUCUCUCACUAGCCCUGGUGUAGCGCUCAAGGUACAAUACGGCGAUAAUGGCGUUGAUGAUCCGACAUUAAAUGCAGAAUUGAGAGUAAACCCCUCCAGCAAUACAUUAUACCCUACUGUGGUUCCUCUAAUCAAACAAAUCUCCUCGUCUGUUAAAGAGGUCGUGGGAGAUCAGGAGGAUACAGAAUCACAGCUUUUGGGAACGCUACAAAAGCCUAAAAAGCUUGAAGAUAGUUCGUUCGACGCAACCAAUCCCGAAAGUAUUCUUGGUCGGUGCAAGCUUAACCUGGGUUUACGAAUCUGCAAGCAGGAGUUUGGGCUUAGCUGUCAACCUAUUGCAAGAGUUGCUGCUACUGCGAAGUUUGAAGAUAUUUUUGUGACGGUAAACACCGUUCAGUCUGCAGAGCACCGCCGUUUCUUUGCUAUUCUGAUUUCUUGCAACUCGCUCCAGGUGUCAGUUAAACAUGUGUAUUCCAACGAGUCAACCGCCAGCUUUGAGGUUCAAUCAAUGGUGAUGUCGCUGAUGAACAGCAAACAUGUGAGCACGACGAGUGGUAUAUCAGCUAUUUUGAAAAUGAGCCCAGUGAAGAUGAUGAUCAAUGCAAAGCAAUUCCAGGAUUUCCUAUUAUUUCGUGAGAUUUGGGUUCCAUCUGAGGACGAUUUACCUUUCGUGACAACAACUCGAACUCCCAACCCAACCCCUGCUGAUUCGCAGGCUUUGAUGGUUCGCCGUUAUCAACAAGUCGCUUCAGCACAAGCUUUUCCGUGGAAUACAGUUAUUUCGAUUGAGGCGUUGGAUAUACAAAUUGACCUUGGACAAACCCUUGGAAAGGCAGAGUUUGGGAUUAAGAAUAUGUGGGUAUCAUCUAAAAAGUCAUCUGAUUGGGAGCAGAAUCUGUGUGGAGGAUUCGAUGUCAUGUCAAUUGAGAGCAAAGGCCGAAUGAGUGGGUCAGUUGCCUUAGAAAAGAUGAAAGUACGUACAUCUAUUCAAUGGCCUGAUGAAAGUCCACCAUCAGGGCAAAAAUCAGGGCAAACACCACUCAUUCAGGCCUCCGUUGGAUUUGCGCAGUUGCAAGCCAAUGCGUCCUUUGAAUACCAGCCUUUCUUAGUUGCCGACAUCGUCACCUUCGACUUCUUGAUGUACAAUGUUCGCACCUCCUCAGGGCCAUUACAAGACCGACUCGUUAGCAUCCUGGAGGGUGAUAAAGUACAAGUUUUUUGUACUACUAUGACUGCAUCCCAGUCUUUGGCUCUCUAUCAGACGUGGAAUCGGUUUACUCAAGACAAAUACGCCGCCUACGAAAGUUCCCUUAAAGAAAUAGAACGUUACUUUCGCCGUAAAUCAUCUGUGGUUACGUCAACUACAGAGAGCCCGGCGAUUCCACAGUUUGAGCAGGAAGACGAGAAGGUGGAGAAGGCACCAAUAUCACUACAUACAGACGUCGUUGUUACGAUUCGAGCGAUCAAUGUCGGUGCAUUUCCUAGCUCAUUUUUUGACAAUCAAAUUUUCAAGAUGGAGGCACUUGAUGCUCAAGCACGUUUCGCAGUUUAUGCGGAAGAUGAGAGAAUCCACAGCUCUUUGGGCCUUACCCUUGGUGAGCUUCGUGUGGCACUCUCCAGCAUCAAUCGCCCCACUACGGUUGAGAUGGAGGAACUUUCUGUAGCUGAAGUAGCUGCCCGCGCGACUGGUUCUCGCGGAGGGACUAUCUUGAAAGUGCCCCGGGUUGUUGCAAGCAUGGAGACAUGGCAAGCUAUGGAAUCGAAUGAGAUUGACUAUAUCUUCAAGAGUGCUUUCGAAGGCAAGGUGGACGUCGGAUGGAACUACUCGCGUAUCAGUUUCAUCCGCGGCAUGUGGACGGCUCAUUCUCGGGCAUUGGCCAACCGUCUGGGAAAGCCAUUACCGCCGUCCGCUGUGCGUAUCACUGGUGGCCCCAAGCCUGAGGGCGAGGAGGACGCCGACGAAGAAGAAGGCGAUGUGGGCCAGAGCGAAGGCGAGAAAAUCACAGCGGUUGUCAAUGUGCCUCAAUCGAAGUACACCUACCGGCCACUCGAACCUCCCUUAAUCGAGACACCACAGUUGCGGGACAUGGGAGAUGCGACUCCUCCGCUCGAGUGGAUUGGGCUGAAUCGGGACCGCUUGCCAAAUAUCACACACCAGAUCAUCAUCGUCACGCUAUCGGAGGUUGCAAAGGAGGUGGCGGAUGCGUAUAGCAAGAUCUUGGGAUGAUCCACAGUUUCUGUUUCUUUGAUAUCAUUUGCAUGGGGUUGUCGGCGUACUUGGUGAUUUAACUAGAAUUGUAUAUACACAACCGUCUCUUGAUAUCCUUAAUUAUAUCAUUCAUUGCUCGUAG